CGAUUUACUUUGAGAAGGAAAACAAAGCGUGUUAUCGCCUGCUCGAUAACAAAAAAAAGAACUGUAAAUAAAUAAUUUCUGUAAUUUUGCCACAACGGAGAAUUCGAUUGCUCAAAUCGCAGCCGCGUUUAAUGAGUGCGAACCUGAAGAAUAUCAAGCUGGGCCACUUCGGCGGCGGUGGAUCCGGGGGAGCGCCCAGUUCCGGCGGCUUCGGGCUCUCGGCGUCCUCCGGAGGUGCUGGCAAACUGCCCACAAAUGGCACAGGCGGAGGCAAAUCCGCUCCGGCCAGUUCCUUUGCGGAGGCCGAGGUUCUGGCCACGCCCGGGGGCGUCGUUAUACCCAUUAUCCGUACCAGGGACGUGCCCAAAUUGCUGCCCACAAUCGCGACCGCCCUGCAGCGUCCGGCGGAUGACCACUUGGCCGCCGAGGAUCUGGACGCAGUGCAGCUUGAGUUGGAGCAGAUGCUCUCCAACGUGGCGCUGCGCACGCGCGUCCUAAAGUCGGAGUACGACAGCCUGGACAAGGAUGAGAAGCGCCAGGAUCGCAGGAAGCUGGAUCGCGUGCCCGGGUCGCCACCCUGCCCCGCCAGUAUGCUAAACGGCCUGCUCGGCAUUGGCAGCAACUCCUCCACCAGUCUGGGUAGCCCGCUUGGUGGCGGCGGCGCCUCCUCCUCCAGCCAAUCCAAGCGGAAGCGGGAGGAACCUACGGGCGUACGCAAGAAGCACUCUUCGAUGACAAUUCUUAAGCAACAAGGCGCUUCCGGAGGCUCCUCAAAGCACCAAGCCAAGAACAGCCCGCUGGCCGUGCACACGGACGACAGCAUGGACUACCUGCCCACUCUCGUGGCUGCCAAUGCCUCUGGCUCAGUGCUGCCGCACCACCAGCCGUUGCCGCAGCUGCCCAAGGUGGCGGUGCCCAAGAACGACACGCCCAAUAAGUUCUGGCUGUCCGUGGAGCCUUACUGCAUGCCGCUGACCAACGAGGAUCUGCGCUUGAUUGACGAUCUGCUGGAACAGUACCGGGGUCCGCUGGUGCCGCCCGUGCCCACUCUGGGUCCCCACUACUCCACGGUGUGGGCCCAGGAGGACAUGAAAGCUCUGCAGCCGGGUGGCACGCGCCUCAAGUCUCAAAACGCCGCCGGGAUGCUGAAGAAGGCAGAGGGCAUGGUGGAGGAGAGCAUCACGGGUCAACUGACACAGCGCCUGGUGUCCGCGCUCAUGGAGGAGUCGCUGAUGACGCUGCCCAGCGAACAGGCCGCGGUGGGUGAACACAGCAACAGCACCACGAGCAGCAGCAACGAGAACACACACUCCCACUCCUCUUCCUCCGCGAAUGCGGCGGCGGCGGCUGCCUCUGGCAACUUCCGAUCGCUCGCCAUGAUGAAGCACGGCGUGGGCAUUGAGCAGCGGUUGAAGAAGACGCUCAUCGAAAACGGACUGAUCGACGCCAGCGAGUUCGCCGUUCACGAGGACGUGGACGAGGUGCUGCUGGAGAUCAAGCGAGUCACGACCGAAAUCAGCACCAUUUCGCAGUUUAACAGCGAGGAACUGAAACGACUGCGCUCCGCUGCCAGCGAGGAGAUCAAGCGGAUUGCCAUUAAGCGGAAGUUGGACACGGUGGACCAGGAGAUACUCGAGUGCUACAAGCGGAUGCUGCAGUACCGGGCCAAGCGGAAGGGCCACACCAUCGAGGAGAAGCAGGAGAUCCUACGGCUGACCAACGAACAGCGCCUGCUGGCCGACCAGCUGGAGCGCAUGCAGAUGCAUCUGCCGUGCAUCGGCGGCGCUGGCGGCUCCCUGCUCGAUACCAAGAUGUAGGACAGGACCCUCGCCUGGGGCUGGUGCCAGCUAAUGGCCAUGCAUCAGGCAAAAAAGCAGGUCCGGGAAGCUAGCCUCAACCUGAAGUGUGCCUGAGGAGACCCCUCCUGUCUACCUGUCUCACUGUCUCACCUCCCCCUUAUUCGCCAGACUGUACAUUAGCAAAGAUAACUAGCCUGUAGCAUAUAUACGCAGCUUCGCAGCACGGUGUGGAUGGUGGAAAGAAGGUGCUCUUUCCAAAUCAGGAGCCAUCUCGCGUGUUCUCCUUCAUCUUCCCUACCCUGUAUGCUUAUCUUUGUCGCCAGACUGUACAUUAGCAAAGAUAUACACCAUAUAGUAUGUAAAGUACACGAUUAAAGUGGAUUGAAUUAUUAAGAUAAGAUGUUCAUGUGGUGGAUAGUGACUUGGUUGAUUGUAAGCCUUGCUCCGUUCUCUUCUAAAAGCAGCACUUGUUUCCGAAUUGAAAGAAACAUUCGCUGAAAGUGAACGAUACACAAGAGAAGGCAAAAAAACUCAUAAGAUUUGUAUGGCCAAUACCCAAAACCAACCAAUUUAAGCAAUAAAGAAAGUAAAAACUAAAA